AUGGACACGCUCGAGAUACAUGUGUGCACGGGGGUACUUAUCAACCCAUGGGCCGUGCUGAUUCCUGCAUCUUGCAACCGACCGGGCUUCCCUUUGGUGAGGGUCAAAUCAUCAAACUUGAAUGGAGUUGGCCCAUCAGAGCAACAGGAGAAGUUGAAGGUCUGCCAAAAGAUCGUCCAUGCUGACUUCGAGGGCCGCACUGAGGGCAGCAACAACAUCGCCCUGCUCAUUCUUGGCAGAAAUGCAUCGACCCCUGUAGAUAUGAUGCCAGGACUGAAGGCUUUAGAGGACUGUGCCGAAAAACCCCAAAUGUAUGGAUGGUUUGCCCCGACACUCAACAGUGGCCCCUCAGAAGAUCUGAAGGUCGUCGAUAUGAAGCCCGUGAAGAGGACGGAGUGUGAGGACAAGUUUCCAGGAUUGUCAAGCGGAUCUGUUUGCUUGGAGACUGACUUGGCCCAGGGAAUGACAUGGAGCCCUGGGGCGGUGCUCACCUGCAAGUCAACAGAUGUCAUCGGCAUGAUGACCCACACACUGCCUGGCAGUCGCCCAGAUCUUGGGCCGUCGCCUAACACAAGGCUGCCUUACGUGUUCACUUCUGCUUGGGAGCACCGCGAAUGGAUCAAGGCCCUGGGUGGCAAAAGGUCCGAGGUGCUGUACAACGAGCUUGAUGAUGAGUGCCAAAAUAUCGAGACUGGGGUGUGCAAGGUCAAUGCUGACGGCACAGAGUCAUGCAAGGCAACUGCCGAUGUGCCCAGUGAUUGA